AAGUGAGAUAGUACACUCUGCAUGCCUGUACUUCGUGAUGCACUGGACAACUGCAUAAUAUUCGUUUAGGACAGGUUGACGUGACUCAUCUUGCUUAAUACCUAUGUUUUGGAUUAAGGAGUUCUUCUUAAAUGCAACAUGUUUCUGUCGGUUUGACAAGUUAAUGUUGUGAAAGGAUGUGCCUGAAACCGGUAGCUGGAUGUUAUGUAGAAGCUGGCUCAUAAUAUGACAACAGUGGGUCGUGCUAUUAAGACUUGAUGCUGUUUACGUAUUUUGGAUAAACCACUGCUCACGUCCAGGCGAUUUUUUAUCAGACGAUCUAAAAUGUCGGAUACGAAUCGUUCAUCUUUCGUUGAACCUGAUAGCCGACGAGGAUCGCUUGCCUUCUUCCGGUUCUUGCUGACUUUCGAAUAUGUGUUUGAAUCGACAGGCCACUACGGAUGGUUUCAGUGUCUGGUUCUUGUAUUGACCUCGAUUAUCGAAUGUUCCAUAGGACUAACCUUGUUCACUGUCCUCACGGAAGGCUUGACAUUCGGCUGGACGUGGUCGUGUAACACACCUGUCGGUGGCAUCUCGAACCUUAAUCAGACAGGAGACCAGUGGGAUAGACGCGACUGGUGUCCCAUCCCUGGUGAUGAUUGUACAAACCUUACCUUUUUGGGCGAAACAACAACAGUAGCGACAGAAUGGCACCUUAUCUGUGAAGACCAACACCUAGUCAGACUGACUACGGUCUUGUUUUUCGCCGGUUCGCUAGGGGGCUCUGUCAUUAACGGACAACUCGCCGACGCGUUCGGCCGGCGAAAGAUGACGCUGCUAUUCUGGACGUUGAUGAUGAUCCUACAGGCUCUCACUGGAGUGUCAACAUCAUGGAUAAUGUAUCUUACAGUGAGAAUCUGUGCCGGCAUCUGUGUAGGGGCAUGCACAGCCUCAAACAGUGUGAUAGCAGCGGAGUACAUGGGAUCAAAGGGCCGAGUCUUGGCUGCCCAGAAGUUUGGCCGGUCACUCUCAUUACUACUCAUGUCGCUUUUCCUCUACUUCAUCAAGAACUGGAGGCAUCGGGCAUUUGCUACCGGCUUGCUGUGGGCACCAUCGGCGAUAGCUCUCUUCAUAUUCCUACCAGAGAGUGCGCGAUGGCUCCUGCAGAAAGAUCGUACAGCGGAAGCCGAAGCUAUCGUCAAGAAGAUAGCGAAAUACAACCGAAGGUCGCUGCCGAAUCUAACUUUUCUUACCCGAAUAGCGGAAACACACAAGGAGGAAAGAAAAGGUCAUGACCUUUACACCUAUUUUGACCUCUUCGCCUCCCGGAAAUACGCCGUGAGAACACUGUCAUUGCUAUUCAUCUGGUUUGCUAAAAUUGUCGUGAUGACAGGCUUGGAGAACCGUAUAACGGAACUCAAUAUAGCGCUCAAACUUACCGUACUGGGAGCCACCAUGUUUAUUGGAAAGGGCAUCAGUCUUUAUUUGGCAAACAGAUUUGGUCGAAAGAAGUCAUUCAUAGCCAACGUGCUAGUAGUGAUGACUAUCACAUUGUGCAUGCUUACUGUUGAUGUGCUAGACCUCUACUUCGGCGUCGACUACAAGUUAAUCAUCCUAACUACUCUAGCUUUAGUGUCCUUGAUAGCCAUGACUGGGCUUAACAUGUUGGCAUUCUGUUUCGUUAUGGAGACGUAUCCAACUCUACUUCGGUCAACGGCGAAUGGGGUGGCAAACACAUUCGGUGAAAUUGGUGGCAUCAUUGCUUUCUAUGUGCCUUUAUUGGAUGUGUACCAUAUAUCCAUACCGUACGUAAUAAUUUUCAUCCUUGCUGGAAUAUCCACCAUAUUGGUUCGCGUCGUCAUGCCGGAAACCAGAGAUCGAGACCUCCUGGAGGAGCUUCCGCAAGGAGAACAAGAUGGCUGCUGCACUGGCCGAUGUAACCGAAAGUGCUGGUGCUCUGCCGGCUCGUCCGACGGCAUCACAUAUGAACCGGAGGGCGAACAUAAGCGAGACUACAAUAGGGACUAUGUAGUGCUUGACUUCACCCAGAAACGAACAUCAGAAACACCUUGCUGACUUAUAUCAUAAUAUAAUUUGAUAAUUUAACAAAAUGAUCAUUAAUAUCUGAUUCAAUGCCAUGUGACGUGCGUAUAUACACACGUGUUUGGUGAAUGAGCAGUAUGCAUUGGGUGAGACCUAUUUUGGCGGUACUGUACAGAAUUGUAAUGCGAUAUCAUGGGUUAACACGGUUACUGCCCUUCCGGUGAUUUUAUGUCUCGCCUCGAUUCGACUGCAAUCUUCAGCGGAUACAUUUUAAUACUCAAGGAGGUCAUUAAACCCUGGCUUGUCUACAUGGGCUUGUCACCCUUCUAAUAAUUUCUCGUCUAUACUGUACAUUUCUUCCUUGGACGUCAUAACAGCAUACAAGGCUGAUAGUCAGCCAUGAUUUCCAUCUUUCCAUCGCACAUCGGAUUUGAUUGGCAUGGGCACACAUGCAAUGUACAUGCACAGAAUACAAAUAUUCACAGUGCACUUCACAGAGGCACUUUGCUAUCUUGCGUCAACAACAUGGAAUCCAAUUUUCUUCCUAUUCAAAAAGAACCUAUUUUCUGCCAGACACCCAACGAUAUAGUCAGUUUUACCGAUGAAAAACCCACUCGUCAACGUCACUGAUGACGUCACUAAAUCGGUUGAGUUGUCAAUUUGAGUUUGUAUCACAGUGUCAUUGAUUGUUUGCAAAUUAGUCCAUGCUGGAUCACCGAUCAAAGGAUCAAGCACGAAGACGGAGUCGGUUUGAUUCGUUGUCAUUGGGAUGUGGAAGAAGCGAAUCGU